AUGACUACUACCGUGCCAUUGAUUUACUCAUUCCCCGAGUUCUUAGGUGUAGCGGACGCUGUAGCGGAUCAUGUUAUCUCUGCACAAAACUCGACGUUAUACAAUACUUUAGACCACAAUGAAAUAGCUAAUAUCAAGUUAGCCUCGUUACAACAUCAAGGAGGGUCUCUGCUGUCUAUCCAGCCUUCAGCAUCCACAUCCUCAGUCAUGAGUACUAGUAAUAGUCUUAAUCACAACAUAAACAAUAAUAAUAAUAAUAGCCAUUCCAACGGGAGAAAGAAAAAGGAAAAGAAACAAAAAGAUAUACGGUUUAAAAUUGCUAUUAGUGGUGGCUCAUUAAUUAAAAUCUUACAACAAGGUUUGUUAUCGAGACAGGAUGAGAUUGAAUGGGAUAGAUGGGACAUUUACUUUGCUGAUGAAAGAUUAGUACCGUUUGAGUCUCCUGAUAGUAAUUAUGGACAAGCCAAACGGGAAAUCUUUGAUAAGAUAACAUCGAGUAGUAAACCUCCAAAUAUCUUUCACAUAGAUGAAUCAUUAAUUAAUGAUCCUCAAGAAUGUGCCGACGAUUAUGAAAAAUUAUUAAUUGAUAAUUUUGCCAGGAAAGAUUCAGUCAAGUUACCUCAGUUUGAUUUACUCUUAUUAGGGUGUGCUCCUGAUGGUCAUAUUGCUUCCUUAUUUCCUAAUUUUGGAGAGCAAUUGAGAGAGAAGUUGGCAUGGUGUAUGCCAGUUACAAAGGCUCCUCAUGGCCCAGAAAACAGAAUCACUCUUUCAGUGCCAGUGAUUUGUCAUGCUCAUAGAGUCGCAUUUGUUGUUGAAGGGUUAACUAAAGCCCCAAUCAUGAGAAUUAUAAUGGAAAGGCCAGAAAAGGGUUUACCAAGUUCCAUUGUUAAUGAAGGGGCAGCUGGUAGAGUUUCAUGGUUUGUAGAUGAUGAUGCUUUGAAGGAUUGUUACGAUAUAACAAAGAAGAAAUAUAAAUACUUGUCUAUUCCUGAUCCUAAUUAA